AUGCAGGAUUGUAAAAAAGAGGAGUGGGAAUUAAAUAGAGUAGAAUUUUUAGAAAUCUGCUUGAAUGAAUGGUUAAAAAACGAGGAAAUAAUUGAAAAUAUAAUGGACAAAGAAGUCAUAUUAAGAAAAGAAAAAGAAAAAAGUAAUGUAGAAUUAGAAAAGCAGAAGAUGCUAUCAAAGAAAUGGACAGAAAGAAAAAUAAGGCUAUUGGAAAAAUGGGAAAAGGAAGAAUGGUUUAAAAAUUUGAAAGAAGAAUGGAGAAAGGAGGAAAAUAUGUAUGCAGAAACAAAAGAUAAAUUAGAAGUCAUGGAUAGACAAGAUAAAAUAGAGAAUGAUCCCAUAUUAGAGAAGAGAAAAGAAAUAUGGAAGAAAUGGUUACAGAGACAGAGGGAGACAUUUAUGGAUUAUUAUAGGGAGGGAUGGUUUAAAAAAUUGUUAGAAGAAUACGAAAAGGAAGAACAUGAAUUUAUAAAAGAUGAAAACGGGAAGAAUGUAGAAGGAAAAAAAAAAAACUUAGAAAUUGAGAUAAGAGAAGUAGCAAUAGUAGGCAUAAGGAAAGAUGUAAAUGAGAAGAUAAAAAAAGAAAGAUUAAUAUCUAAUAUGUGUGCAGAGAUACAUAUGAUGGUAUUAGACCAGUGUAAAAAGGAAGAGAUAGAGUCCAUGACAGAUGAGUUUCUUAAAUCAUACAUAGAACAAAAGAAAAAGCAUGAAGGAUUUCUUGAACAAGAAAUGGGAAAUAAGAAAAUAGAUGAAUUAGAAAAAGAAAGAGAAAUGAAUAUUAUGAUAGAGAAGAAUAAAGAAAAAUGGGAGUGUUGGAAAAAAGAGGAGUGGUUUCAGGAGUUGAAGUUGAAUUGGAAAAAGGAAAUGAUACAUAUGAAAGAAAUAACAGAUAAUAUAAGAGAAAAAGUAAUAAAUCCCAUGUUGGAAACACAAAUAAUUGAGAAACAGUGGCAAGAGAGGCAAAGAAAUAUUUUAAAGAAAUGGAAUAAACAAAAUAAAAAUGAAAGGUCUAUGAAGAACAAAGAUAAAGAAACAAUAGAAGACGAAAAUGAUGAAAACGAUUUAAAAAAAUGGGAUAUUACAAUACUAUAA